AUGAUUGAGUGUGGGGAGAUUAAACAUUACUUUCAAAUUAAAAAUGAAUUAAUUAAAGAAAAUGGAAUAGUUUACUUUGGAAACAGAAUAAUUAUCCCUAAAGCACUAAGAAACUAUGUAAUUAAAAAAUUGCAUGAAACACAUUUAGGAAUUACAAAAACGUUAAAAAAAAUUAAACUCAUUUUCUACUGGCCAGGAAUGUCAUCAGAUGUAAAAAAUUUUAUUGAAAAAUGUGAAUUAUGUAGGAAAGUUAGUAUUAGUAAGAUAAAAGAACCACUACUACAACAUGAAAUCCCUGAGUUACCGUUUCAAAAAAUUGGAAUAGACAUAGCUGAGGUAGAGCGUUCCAAUUACCUAGUUGUUAUGGACUAUUAUUCAAGGUGGUUAGAAGUUUUAAGCAUAAAAAAUAAAACUAGUGAUUCAGUCAUACAAUUAUUAAACAUAUUAUUUAGUCGGUUUGGAAUACCAGAGGAAGUAGUAUGUGAUAACAAUCAUUGCGGAAGUAGAGAAUUCAAAAACUUUGCUAAGGAAUGGCAUUUUAAUAUAACAAUAUCAAGCCCAAAUUACCCCCAGAGUAAUGUUCUUGCGGAAAAGGCAGUAGGAAUAGCUAAAAACAUAAUAAAGAAAGCUAAAAGUGAGAAUAAAGAUUGA